CGAAACCGAAACCCCGGCGACAGAGCCGGAAGCGUUUUGCAGCCGCCCUUUAUCAGCGAAGCGUGUGCAACAGUUCCACUUCCGUAUUCCCCCCCACUCGCUCCGCGGGUGUCUUGUCAGCUGGGGGAUGCCUCCGCUGGUCGCCGAGUUCUUUGCACCGCUAGCACCGCCGCGUCGCCGAUAGCAGUGCGCCCCGCACCCCAAGAACACGUUUCCCCGGUGCGUGUGUCCAAUGCGUCUCGCCGAGAGCCCGCAAGCCGGCCAAGACUGUCGACCACGCCAGCGUCCCGCCGCUGCCCCGGCUGUUGUCGGGGCGACAACUCCGCGGCGUGCGGAGUCUUCCUUACUCGCCGACAGCACCGACAGAUGAGCGUCAUCGAGCCGAGAUCGUCGUCGCAGUGACCGCUGUCACCGUCGGAAGCAUGGCAACCGCUCUGGAGCGAAAUCUGGUGCUCGGGGGGACUCUGAAGCAGCGCUGCAGAGCGCUGCUUCCGACGAGAGGCAUCGCGUACUCGUCGAAAGGAGCCGCCGAGGCGAGCCCGCAACCCAGAGACAAAUCGCGGACCGUGCAGUCUUUCUACAACCAGUCCGCGAUCGACGUUGCUGCUGCCAAGCCCUCUGUUCGUCUGACACCCACCACCAUACUAUAUUCUGGCAAGUCACCUGAUGGCAGCCACCUUCUGCGCAGUGCCCAAUACUUGCACAAGGAGCUUCCCGUGCGCAUUGCACACCGCAUCGCCGGCUUCCGCAGCCUUCCCUUCAUCGUCGGGUGCAACCCCACCAUCCUGGCCGUGCAUGAGCUCUACACUCAAACGUUUUACCUCCUGACCGAUUUUCCUCCGGUGACGGACUUUGAGUCCGAGAGCCGCUACUCGGAGACGGUGCAGCAGGUCCUGGACGAUCACAAGGACGUGGUGACGCAGCUGGCGGCCGGCUUCAAGGAGUGCCGCAAGCACAUCAAGCAAGAAGAGCUGGUGAAGACGUUCCUGGACCGCACCUUGACGUCGCGGCUGGGGAUGCGGAUGCUGGCGGAGCACCACAUCGCGCUGCGCCAGGACAGGCCCAACCAUGUGGGGAUCAUCAACACGGCAAUGCGUCCCAAGGAAGUGAUCGAGAAAUGGGCAGACUUUGUCAAACAGGUGGCGGUGCACAAGUAUGGCAAGUCGCCUCCCAUCAAGUACAACGGCCACCUGACAUGCAGCUUCCCCUACAUCCAGUUGCCCCUGGACUACAUUAUUCCAGAGCUGCUCAAGAACGCAGUCAGGGCCACGGUGGAGAACCACCCGGACAACCCAGAGUCGAGCCUGCCCCCGGUGACGGUCACCAUAGCCAACAACGACGUGGACUUCAUCAUCAGGAUCUCCGACCGGGGCGGCGGCAUCGAGCACGAGCACCUGGGGCAGAUCAUGCAAUACCAUUUCUCGACGGCCAGCUCAUACGAGGGGCAGUACGACGGUGGCCUGCUGGGCACGAUGAUGACGCAGCCAAUGGACGGCCCCGCAGGGGGCCCCAUGCACGGGUUCGGCUUUGGACUGCCGACGUCGCGCGCCUACGCCGAGUACCUCGGCGGCACCCUCACCUUCGAGACGCUCCAGGGUAUCGGGACGGACGUGUACCUGAGGCUGCGCCACAUCGACGGCAAAUACGAGAGCUUCCGCAUCUGAGGCCCCACAGUCCUUGGGGGUGGCCGGCGCGGCCCCGUACCAGACGUCGUUGCCGUCGACUGCCACAAAAAAUCCCGGAAUAGUCUUGGGUCGUUGUUUUUCUUUUUUUUUUUUUUUAUGCAACCACCUGUCGGCAUUUUUACAUCCGCUUUUUUCCUCUUUUUUGUUGUCUUGCGUGUGCGUGUUAAUGCCCGAGUCCCACUAGAGCGACAAACAAAAACAAUUGAAACUGAGAAGCCUUUAACACAUGCAGCAUGUUCGCAAUGGUACCUUUGGCUGGUUUUGAGUCGUUCGGUACUCGUGAAGUAAUCACGAGUGAUUGGGAGCCUGCCAAAGAUACCCUCAAGUUUGCGCAUAGCACCCUUUAUUUUAUCUAAGAGCUUGUCAAAUCGCGAAAGAAUCGGGUUUGAGGAUUGUCGCUGUCGGUUGUUUCUGUUUGUUGCUCUAGUGGGACUUGGGCAUUGGGAUGCAAGCUCCGACGAAGGUGUGCGAGGGUUGGAGGAGGGAAGUGGUUUAGGGGGCGGUACUUUCCUAGUCAUGUGGGGAAGUUGAGGCUCUUCUUUUGCGCCCGGUGAGCUUCGCUGUACACAAUACGCGGGCCGGCACAUCGGCGGUUUCGAGGCCACCUGUGGUUUUGGCUGUGUGCUUCUGAGACGUCGUCGUCUUCAUUUCUGAGGGUGGCGAGUCAGAUGUUGGAAAGUGCUCAAGUGCCUGUCUCAUUGCGACGCAAGGGAGGAGAGUUUUGAAUGAGUGGCUGGAGUUUGACUGGUUUAAUUGUGGAUGGCCGGAGCUGAACUGUACAUAAUGGGAGGUUUUUUUUUGUUUUUUUUUUGAGGGGCAGGGAGUGCUUGCACGUCCCGUACAGCCUUCUCGAGCGAUGGCGAAUUUUUUUUUUUAUUGUAAUUGACGUUUCCAUUGUCUGUGAGUGAGGAAUGGGUUCCUCUAGCCGGUGCAAAGGACGUGCUUUCUGUGCUGUUGCUGAAUAAAUGAGACAAUUGUAAAUCUCAGCCACAAGAACUUGCAUUUUCAGCUGUAUCUUUUCUGUCCUUUUUGCUUUUUGUCCCGUUUCCAAAACCAGUUGCUUCCGCUUUGGUUUCUUUGCUUUUAUUUUGUUUCCAGUCAGCCUAGGAGCUCGUUUAACGCAGGGUAAUAUAUAAUUAUUUUUGCUCGCUGUGAGUUGGAGGCGCAGUGGUAGCAGCUUUUUAUGCUUGUGAUAAUCACAUUAGUUUUUUUUUCUUUCUUUUUGCUAUUAAAUGGUACGCUUACUUGACCAGUCGGCAAAUAUUUCUGGCGGUGCAGCAUUAUCUCCUGGGGAAUCUCCAGUGCCCAAGGCACACUUCCAAAUAUGUCUGGAGGCGUUGUGUUUCACGGUUUGUUUUUUUGUCUCGGGUUGUCACAACAGCUUUUCUGACGAAUUCUUGACAGUAUAUACGGAUUUAUAACUGCAAUAAGCGGUGAUGUGGCCAGCAGGAUAAGCUGCCGACCCAAUUUAGAUGUAAUCAACUCUUAUUUUGUAUGCCUGCCUCGUUUGUACUGCAAUGACAAGACUCACUAUUACUACCAUAGUAAUUGCUUUGUUAAUUACACAAUUUUAUGACCAGGAAAGGGUAGAGUUUAUAAGAGUGCAAUGGUUGUGUCUGAUAGCCUUUGCAUCAGUAUCUGUCAGAUUGUUUUUUUCUUAAUUUUAGAAGUGAAAUGCAAUGCAACAUUAAUAAAAUUAUUGUUACUGGG